AUGGCUGCCGGGGGAGGCGACAGCGCCUGUAGCUCGGAGAGGAGAGGAGGGGAGAGGGGGUUCAGUCUCGACAACGGCGCCUUUGGGGGUCGAAAUGCGGGUCCCGUUCGCACCCGUGCACCCAUCGUGGACCCCACGGACCCACGGGGGGACCCGGCCGGCGGACGGCGCGCUGCUCGCCGCGGAGACAGGAAGCUGGACGCCUUCAUCUACGACGCGGCCGUGCUGAACUACAUGGCCCGCAAGGACGAGGGCUGCAAGGUGAUGACGAUCGGCUCGGGCAAGGUCUUCGCCACCACCGGCUACGGCAUCGCUCUGCAGAAGGGCUCGCGGUGGAAACGCGCCGUGGACCUGGUGCUGCUGCAGCUCGUGGGCGACGAUGAGAUCGAGAUGCUGGAGCGCCUCUGGCUGUCGGGGAUCUGCCACAACGACAAGAUCGAGGUGAUGAGCAGCAAGCUGGACAUCGACAACAUGGCGGGGGUCUUCUACAUGCUGCUGGUGGCCAUGGGGCUCAGCCUGCUGGUCUUCGCCUGGGAGCACCUGGUCUACUGGCGGCUCAGGCACUGCCUGGGGCCCUCCGGGCGCCUGGACUUCCUGCUGGCCUUCAGCAGGGUGAGCUGGGGCUCGGGCGCCCGGCUGCAGUACCAGCGACUGCGCUCCGUGCCCCAGCCCCGGCCCCGCUUCUACUCGCCCCGCCUGCCCCUCAAGGCCAAGAGCCUGUGCUCCCGCCGCGGGUCCGCGCACUUCUCCAGCCUGGAGAGCGAGGUCUGA